CAGGUGCAACAAGUGACAAUGUUGAUACAGCAGAAGAAAGCACAAUAGCUUUGAGAGAGGACACAAGCAGAACAGUGCUAGAGCUCCUGAAAAUAUUGCUAGACCAUACGGUAAAAAAAGAAGAACAGUCAUCAGAGAGAGAGAGAGAGAAGAAAAAACACCUUAAAGACUUUUUUUUUAAUCCCAAGUGGAGCACCAUCAGGAUCACUGAGCAAUGACAUCCUAUGAAUCUCAAGGUCAGUCUCCAGCUAGAUGUGGGCCUCAGUUCCCUAGCUUGGGACAGGAACCUCCAGAAUUGAGUAUGUACAGCGACAGCUACUAUCCCCCUCCAUCACUGCCGAGUCCACAGCGAGCGAACCCUACCUCAUAUGAACUCGGAGACUAUGCUGCCUCAUCGCCUAACCCCUACCUGUGGUUCAACAGCCCAGGGAUGAACAGCGCUCCUUAUCUGGGAGGAACGCCUGGCCCUGCAGGACCUUCUUUUGUUCCCCAGCACUACGGCAUGCAAAGGCCCUAUUUGGGACCUGGGGGACCAGGUGUUCCUGCUGGUGAUCUGAGCUGGUUCUCCAUGCCCUCUCAAGAGGAUCUUAUGAAGCUGGUCAGGCCACCUUAUUCAUACUCUGCUCUUAUUGCGAUGGCCAUUCAUGGUGCACCGGAACGCCGCCUCACUCUAAGUCAGAUUUAUCAGUAUGUUGCAGAUAACUUCCCUUUUUACAACAAGAGCAAAGCGGGAUGGCAGAACUCUAUUCGUCACAACCUCUCUCUGAACGACUGUUUCAAAAAGGUUCCGCGAGAUGAGGAUGAUCCAGGUAAGGGCAAUUACUGGACCCUAGAUCCAAACUGUGAAAAAAUGUUUGACAAUGGCAACUUCAGACGCAAGAGGAAGAGAAAGUCUGACUGUCUCCCAGAGAAGAGCAGUUCUGGAGGAAAUCUGAGCUCUGAGUCAGGAGACAGUAAUGGAAGGGGCAGCCCGAAAAAUCAAGCUGUUGACAUUUCCACUUCGCCUGAAAAGGGCCCUUCACCAACAUCCACGGGUCCAUCGCCAUGCUUGAGCAACUUCCUGACUGAGAUGUCUGGGGUCACGGCUGGCUCUCUCGAUAUGGAAGGAGAUCCCCUGAACCGUCCCUUUAUGCUCAGUCUGCCAGUGGACGGAGUACAAAGAGCCUCACAACCCACAGGCUUUAGCACCUACUCCCCCAGCUCAACAGUGUCUGAGUGGGCAUCACCUCUGCCCCCACCGCCAUCCAUUUCCCCAUCACCUUCCCACUCCACCUUAAGUUUCAACGGGCCCAGUCUUAGUCAGUUUAAUGGGCAUUUCUACCCUGGUUUGAGCUCGACGGGUAUUCUUUACCCCCGGGAGGGCACAGAGGUAUAGGAGGGGAAGCGAGUGACACCGAGAAGAGACAAACUGAAUGAUCAAUUCAUUCUAUAGACUCUGGGGGCAAAAAAAAAAGAACACUCUUGUUUUCCUGAAACAAUACACUGCUAUAUGGCCUAACCGAACUCCUCUGACUUCUGUGGGCGCAAGAUACGAAUGAAUUCCCACAGGAAUGGCCUAGUCAGCAUGAGAUAUGACAGGCUGACUCUAGCAAAGGCCCCUGUUAUCAGCAGCUCCGACCUGAGGUCAGCUGCUGACAUCAAGCGAUUCUACGCACCUAAUUCUUUAACUCAUAUUACUGAAACCGAAUUCAUGCGCCUGUAAUGAAAGCCAACUGAUGAAUCACGUAUUUUGUGGGCAGAGAAAGUCCAGCUAAAAUACAUAUGGUGAAGCAGAUUUUCUCUGCUGCAUGCUGGUAUUGUAAUAUGAUACUGUCGGUCUUUGUAUUUUAACCUGACAAUGUGUUGUUUAUUGUAAAGUUGGGUAUGUGUGAAUGUUUGAGUAUAGUUUAUUUUAUUUUAUUUUAUUUUAUUUUACUAUGAGGUCGCUAAAAGGGUGUAAAUUGAUUCUUUUUAAUAAAAAAAAAUAUGUAAAAUAAAAUUGACUUGGAUAUUA